CGACCCGAUCCGAUCCGAUCCGAUCCGAUCCGACCAUCUCCAACCAUCUCCAACCGCAGCCAUGCCAUUCAGCAGCACCCACAACAAGCACAAGCUCAAGUUCAGCCCCGACGAGGAGUUUCCCGACCUCUCGAAGCACAACAACCACAUGGCCAAAGUUCUGACCCCGGAACUUUAUAAGAAACUUCGGGAUAAGGAAACCCCGAGUGGGUUCACCCUGGAUGACGUCAUACAAACAGGAGUCGACAACCCCGGUCACCCCUUCAUCAUGACCGUGGGCUGCGUGGCCGGGGACGAGGAAUCCUACGAGGUUUUCAAGGACCUUUUUGACCCCGUAAUCCAGGACAGACACGGGGGCUACAAACCCACCGACAAGCACCGCACCGACCUCAACCACGAGAACCUCAAGGGGGGUGAAGACCUGGACCCCAAAUACGUGCUGAGCAGCCGCGUGCGCACGGGGCGCAGCAUUAAGGGCUACUCCCUGCCCCCACACUGCAGCCGUGGGGAGCGACGCGCCGUCGAGAAGCUCUCGGUGGAAGCACUGAACAGCCUGGACGGGGAGUUCAAGGGCCGCUAUUACCCCCCCUAUAUGACCCUACAGCCCCCUAUAUGACCCUAUAUGACCCUAUAACCCCCUAUAUGACCCUAU